UAAUAACAUGGAGAUCUACAGGUAGGCUUUUUCACAGUUUUCUUCCAGGCUAAGCUUCCAGGUUGAUUGUGUGCCUGGAUCUGGAGGUUUUGUGGGGGGUUAGGAGCGUUCUGAUGUGGUGAUAGAUUUGACAACUCGAACAGAGAGAAUAACUGUUAUAUUAACUCUGUAAUGAAUUUGUACAUGAGAGUGGAAUCGAUGAGGGAACCUCUAGAGAAGCUCGCACAGACUAUAACCUCUGAAAUGAAAAGUUUGAAUGUAACUACCAAAGAAAUCCUUCUACUUAUGAGAGACGCUUUUCAAGAUGCCCAAAUGUAUCAGGAAAAAGAUGAUAAUCCUGAUAACAAAUUCUUCAGCAUCCAAAAGCUAUGCAGCCUCCGUGAGACUAUGAGCAUUAAUUACCCCAAUAGCUUCAGGUUAAAGGAGCCCAGUGACGCACAACUCUUCCUCGCGUUGUUGCAUCAACUUUUUCAAGAAACUGACCUGAACGAGCUAGUACAGAGCACUUAUAAAAUGUCAUAUCUUUCUCCGGAUGAAGACAAUAUUGGAGGAUUGAAAGAGAGACAUACUUUCUUUCUAACCAUUCCUGCAGAUGAGAUUGCUGUUGCAAGCACACUCAUAAAAACAAACCCAAAACUGAGUCUGAAGCAUAAGCUAAUAAAGAUUGCUAAACAUACCCUAGGAAGCCAACCAGGAUGAGAACUUGAAGCUAUUAAGAAUAUCUGCAAAGACGAGGAAACUUUUAUAGAGCAAGAACCAUUGAACCUAAUCAGAGAGCCACCGAAAAUUAUAACUUUUUAUCUACAGUAUGGCGAAUUUUUCAAUGCUGUUGAUUGAGACUUUCCAAGCAGAAGAGCAAUGAUCAAUCUGCCGCCUCCUUCGUUCCAUCUAUUCGAACUUUUCAUUCCAUCCUAUGAUAGCUCAAAUCUUUCUUUAAGUUCAAAUACAUUUUCAACUAUCCAAGAAUCUGACGAAUAUGAAUUCUUUGGUUUUGUUGGCUACUAUGGCUUCCACUACAUGGCCUUUGUCCAAGAGAAUGGUAUAUGGCACUCUUGAGAAGACGAAAACCAUAAGGUAUUGGGAGGAUACGAGAAGAUGGUAAAUCACUGAAGGAAAAAUAAAGUCAUCCCCUACCUGAUUUUUUACCAGGUCAAGCCACGCAGACUUACAGAAAGUACAAAAGUAACUGAAGAAGUUAAACUUAAUGGAGAAGAGUCUGGAAAUACGAUAACUACAAUAACAGAGGAAACUAAGGAAAGGUCAAGUGGGUCUGAACCAAGGCUUAGAAAACUUGAAUCAAUCCCUCGACAUCUUGAGGGCCUUGAUGAUAUCGGAGAAGUCGAAGAAGAUUUAGAAACUACAGAAACUGGAACUCAAGAUAAUAGGUUUUCCCUUCAACAGGAGGUCAAAAGAAUUGAUAAAAAGCUGCCUGAUAUGCUUAAAAGUGAGAACAAAGUCACUUUUAAAACAAUCCUAGCAAAAUGCCAAUUUCUCAACCAAGAUAUUAACUCGAUUAAGCAAUCAGAUGACAUUUCUUGUUCAAAAUAACUCAAAAAACUCCGAACUCCCAGUCUCAAGUCUUCAUUUCUCAAAACCCCUAUCAUCUGAAGCCCUCGAAGAAACCAAACAGCCUGCCUUACACUCCCACAACAGCUGUUCCCAGCCCCCUAUUCUCCCCCUUCUCACCUCCCCAACCCCCCAAAAAGACCCUCACUACAACGCAAAUUCCCUUUCUUCAAAAUCCCAAAAAUCUCAAAAAUCUUCUGAGUCUUCUAAAACCCCGCCUACGAAGAAAAGAAUUUCUGACCGCCAAACUAAGCUGCAGGAUGGAAAGGAGCCGAUGAAGAAGUGAAAUUGAACUGUGUUUUAAGUGCAUAGGAACCAGGUUUUGGGGGUUAAAGGGACUUUGGUAACCAAGAU